CAAUUAUAAAUACAACUCCGCAAAUGCCGCCAUUUGCUCUCAUUUUAUUUCAACUUUUUUUUUAUUUUCUAUCAUCAUUUAUAAAUAUAAUUUGAUGGUUAUAAAUAUCUAUACAUAUUUUCAGACAUUUAGACAUUAGACCCAUCUAGACAUCAUUAAAACUAUUAUAUAUAUUCAUACUACAUAUAUUUAUAUUUAAAUCCAUAUCUAUAUAUAUAGAUCUAUAUCUAUACACAAAUACUGAUACUGAAAAAUUAAUUUGCGAAUUUUGAUGGCGAGAAAUUUAAUGAAUAAAAAUUCCAGAGUAAAUUUUUAAGGGAAUUUGAAACAAAUAAUUUAUAUAAAAUUACCCACUCCAAAAUUAAUAUCAUAACCUUAAAAGUAAACGUCAGUUGAUAAUUUGCAGCAGAACUAAUUGGAGAUUAUUACUGAGAAAUUAAAUAAUUAAGAGAAGCGAUUAUUAAUUAGCAGAGUAAUUAUUUAAUAAUAAACAAUGACGCAGUUAGAAUUGGACCCGCAAUUUGUCCAGGGACUGCGGUUACUCCAUUCGAGUAAUAAAGAUUCAAUGGACCAAUUGAGGACACUUUUGGAUGAAGCUAUCAAGCAGAAACAUGGAUUCUCUAAAAUGCUCAGCAACGUUCUGCAUAAAAAGUACACGAUAGAGGAACCGGUGCUGAGUGACCACAGUAGUUGCAGCAGCAAAAAGAGCAAGAGUUCCAGUUCUUCAAAACAUUCUGGCAAGCUCAGCAAGAGCGAUUCCGUGGAGGAAAUACCAGCACGUGACACUCCGCCAGACAUAUCGGAGAUUGAGGAAGAUAAUCUCGCUGAAAUUCUAGAGGAUGAUUUAACCUGCGUUGUUUGCAAGGGCAUGGACGUCGGUGCAAGAAAUAGACUGGUCGAAUGUGCGGACUGUCACUCUCUCUACCACCAGGAAUGUCAUUCUCCUGUGAUACAAGACUCCCAAAUAGAUGUACCCAAACAUAUUUGGUAUUGUUCCCAAUGUAUCAAAGCUCACCAGCCUAUAAAAGAAAAAGGUUCCCCAAAACCAGCGGAAAGUAAAAAGGAAUCGAAGAAAAACUCGACACAAAAACAUUCGGAAAAAUACAAAAACUCAAGUCAGGCGAGUGAACCGGCAUCGAAACUGAUACCAAAUAUAAAUAUAAUCGGUGGCGAUAAGAGAUUUAAAGAGUUGGGUAAAAAAUCUAAGGAUAAAAGGUCAAGUAAACACUCUAGUCCUUCGUCUUCAUCGUCUAAGAGUGAUAAAUCUUAUAAAUCGAAAGCAAACGCUGACUAAAAAAUUUAUAAUUGUACAUAAUAUACAAACUCACUUAUCCUUUGAAUUUUACACGAAGCAAAAUUAAAUGAUAAAUAAAAUAUAAUUUUUUUUUCAUAUUUUAUUAAUAAAUAUAUCGGACUAUUAUUAAAUAUGAGUUUUAUUUUUUU